AUGUCGUGGACUCUGCUGCUUCUGAGCCCGCGCAGCGGAACCCCGGGCGGUGGCUGCAGGUGCAGCUCUGACGCUCUGGGAGACUGGGGGCGCCCCAGGCGCGGGGUCGGGGAUUGGGGAGCUCCAGCAGUCGAGUGGAGCGCGCUGCCACCCGCGGCCAUAAGGAGGGACGAGCGAGACGCCAAAGCCAUGAGGCAGUCGCGGCGUGGCUCCCCUUUCUCCCUGGCGCGCCUCUCGCUGGGCAUCCUGGUCGCCUUUGUCCUUGCCCUGCUGCUCGGUGCGGGGCCCAGGAGCUGGGCUGCCAGGGCCACCUGGCUGCGGACGCUGCUGAGCAUGUGCUCGCACAGUCACAGACUCCUCUUCAGCAUCGCCUGUGCCUUCUUCCUCACCUGCUUCCUGACGCGGACCGAGCGGGGCGGCCCUGGCCUGAGGGGCGGCUCCUGGUGGCUUCUGGCACUGCCCGCCUGCUGCUACCAGAGGAACUUCUUAGUGUGGCAGUGGUGGUCUUGGCCUGUGGGGGACACGGCCGCGGCGGUGGCGGCGGUGGGGGACAGGUUGUUGUUGGUGCUGAACUGCGUGGAUCUGCUGACGCUCGCGCACCUGGUUCCGCUGGGGCACAGCAUCCUGGUGCUGCUCUUCGCCGGUCACUAUGGUAGUGGCAAAAUGUUCAGGAGACCUUCGUUGCCUUGUAUUUCGAGGGAACAGAUGAUUCUUUGGGAUUGGGACUUAAAUCAGUGGUAUAAGCCUCAUAACCAGAAUUCUGGAGGCAGAAAUGGAGUUGAUCUUUCAGUGCUAAAUGAGUCUUGA